AUACCAGCUGGUGUCGAGUGCGGGAAGCCAAUAGACAGACACGCAGUGCCGUGUCGGCGAUGCAACGCUAUUAGAUAAAGCCGCAGUUCUAAAAUAUUCAUUGCAUCACUCAUGGUCAACAAGACUUUCCAGCCACCAUUGUUACACUGACGACGGGUGAGACACGGCAUCUCGCUGAUGAAAGCCCACAUUCGAUAACCGAAGAUACACGGAGCUACUGGGUCAAGACCAGCUAAUGACACUCACAAAAACUGAGCAGGCAUUGCCGUCCGACACCCCACGGCCUGUCUCCGAGGCAGGAUCGUCUCGAGAACCUGAUAGCGCCUCUGUCAAUAUCCUCCUUGCUCCCAUUCGGCCCGAAGCCAGCCAUGCGCGCACUUCACCGCGCCCCAAGGACCUGGGCAGGCAGGCUUCCAACAAUCGUUUGGCAGAGGAAGCUGGCUCAGCAUCCACUCUCGACCAUCAGGGCGUCCCACCGGAGCUUGGCAGCCUCACGAAGGAAGUCAUCUUCGUACUGGUUUGCAGCAGCGGGCAGUUACUCUUCGCGUUCUUCUACGGCGAUGUUGUCGUCAAUCAACAGACCCUCAAAGUAGCCUUGGGGCUGCAGAACACUCAGCUACCGUGGCUGGUGGGCAGUUUCCUUGUCGCCAAUGGCCUCUCCGUUGUUGUUGCUGGCUCCCUUGCAGACCUACUUGCCCCAAAGCGGAUCGUUCUGGGUGCUCUCGUGUGGCAAGCGCUGUGGAACCUUGUUGGGGCUUUCUCUGUCACCCCAUCUCGGGUUGUGCUCUUUUUUAUCGUCCGCGCAAUGCAAGGCCUUUCAGUGGGUGUGCUCGUGUCAGGCAGCAUGAGCAUUCUCGGACGGGUAUAUGCACCUGGUCUGCGUAAAACACGAGUGUUCAGUGCUAUGGCAGCUGGUGCUCCGGUUGGAUUCUGGAUUGGCCUUCUCCAAGGCGGAGCGCUAUCGGCGCAUUUGCCGUGGAUCUUCGGCACCAACGCCAUGAUGAGUGUGCUGUUGUGCCUUGCAUCGCUAUAUACUAUUCCACCCAUGCAACCAGUCGCUGAUACGCCAGGGGCUGAUGUGCCAGGGCUGCGGCGCUUCGACUUCAAGGGAGCCGUCUGCGCAAUGGCUGGAUGUGUCUGCUUGCUCUUCGGUUUGACUCAAGGGCCGGCAGUCAACUGGGCACCUUACACGUACAGCUUGAUCAUCGUGGGGAUUCUACUGCUUGUGCUGUUCCCGUACAUCGAGAGCAAAGUCCCUCGUCCUAUUAUACCGACCCGUCUCUGGAAAACUCCAGGCUUUGCACCACUCAUGGCAGCCUACUUCCUCGGCUUCGGGGGGUUCAUUGGGCCGUGGCAAUUCUACGCGAUUCAGUUCUUCCUGCGCUUCCAGAACAAGCCCGCAAUCAUUGUUGCCCUGUACAUGCUACCGAACGCAAUCGUGGGAGUGGCUGCCACCUUCCUUGUCAGUCGCCUUCUUCACCUAAUUCCAGGCCACUACAUAUACAUUUCGGCCAUGCUAGCAUUUGCAUGUGGUCCGGCACUGUUCCUGCCCCAAACACCUAGCACACCUUAUUGGGCACUAAGCAUGCCUGGUGUCGCUCUUGCAACCUUCGGACCAGACCUAUCGUUCGCGGCGGCGUCCAUCUUUAUUACGUCGAAUGUGGCACGCAGCUACCAAGGCAGUGCCGGAAGCUUGCUAGCCACAAUACAAAACUUAUCUGCUGCCAUCAUGACGUCAGUAGGCGAUGCAAUCGGUGCCAAGGUGGAUCUUGGAGCUGAUGGUGAGAUUGGACUGAAGGGCAUUAAGGCUGCGUGGUGGUUCGCGCUUGCGGCGGCAUUGUCGGGUGCAGUGAUCACCGCAGUCUCCGUACGCAUACCGAAGGAAGAAGAGAAGGAGCACGUUACGUGAUAUAUAAAUGAAUGCAUGCAACGCAGACUCGUGAAUACCGAUGUGGUCCACGCAAUACGGCAGGUUCUUGAUUUAGCCUAGUCGAAUGUUGAGCAGCAAUUGGACUCCAAAAUGUUCCAUGCCCCAAAUGAUCGCGACAUUCUACGACCACAAGCCUAGCAGAGGGCGGAAGGCAAAUGAG